GUUAACCACUUCACGUCACGUGAGAGAGAGCUCACGGCGACACACGACAUCCAAACCAUAGUACAAAUGUCCGUAGAGAAUAAUAACUGUCUCAUCGAGGACAAUGCACUCAUGUCAUUCGUCAGAAGCAGCAGCAGCAGCCGCCUUCUUUUUCUUCUUCUUCUUGGGCUUCUCUGAGACAGACAGAUGGGAUGGAUGGAUGGACGGCAAAUAAAUGCACACAGGACAGGCAGCCUCUGCUCAGAACAGAAUGGGAGGAACUGGCUCAGCUUGGCUCAGCUCAGCUCACCUUGAGGCUCUUCCUCGGCAGCGGCAGCAGCCAUGUCCACAUCAGCCUCUGCACACAAACAUACACACACACACCACACAGGCAGACAUUCACACGCAGGCCCAUGGAUGUCACCCAUGUAAUCCCACCAGCAGCAGCAGCAGCCGCGGCCUCCUCCUUCUCCCCCUCUCUCUGUCGCUUCUUCUUCUGCUUCUUCUUGGUGCCCUCGUCACUGCGCACACCCACCAGCCAGCCCAUCACACCACAUGAGUGCAUCCAUCCCAUAUAUCAGCACUUCUGUGUGUGUGUGUGUGUGUGUGUGUCUAUGAAGGGUUGGUGUGUACGCAGCGACAGGUGCCUCAGGUGCCUCCUCUUCCUGGUCCAUCGGGACCGCCUCCUCCUCCUCUGCGGCCUUUUUCUUUGUCUUUUUCUUUUUCUUCUUCUUGCCCUCGGCCUCUGCCGCACGGGCAAGCUCCUCUGAAUGCUACACAAGACACACACACGCACACACACAGAGAGAGAGAGAGAGACAGUGUGGGAGGCGGUGAGGGAGGGAGGGAUUGGGGGUUAUUGCACACAUACUUCUGUGAGCGCCUCCUUCAUGGCUUGUAUGUUCUUCUUGGUUUGUAUGUUUCUGUCGCUGAGGUACGUCAGCCGCUCCUCAACCUGCUCCCGCAUCUUGUUACCAAACACACUCGACGACUGACAUACACACACACACACACACCACACUCCGUCUGGCUGUCUGUCUGUCUGUCUGUCAUGAUGAUGAUGAUGUGUGUGCAGUAAGUCUGACCACUUCGCCGAAAUUGUCGAUGCGCGCGGCGAGAGAGCACUUGUUGGCCAGAUAACGGGAGAUUCGGCCUGAGAGACAAACAAAUGGGCAGCAUGACAUGACUGAUGGACGCCUGUGCUUGGUGUGGUGUGUGGUGUGCAUCCCUGCAAGCCGAGCGCACCUUUGUUCUUCUGUGCGGCCCUUCCGAUGAAGGUCGACUGGAAGAGCAGCCCGUACUUGGGCGUGUUGCCUCGGGUCUUCAGAGCCCUGAUGCCACACACACACACACACGCACACAACUGAAUAAGGACGUGUUGCCUUGCGUGUGUUGUGUAUGUUGUGUGUGUGUGUUGAUGUAUGUCGCGGACAGACCUGAAGAGUGCCUUCUCUGCCCCCAGAAUCUGGACAGUCGAGGCCGGAUACUUAGCCAGGUUGACCAGGCUGCCAGCAUGGGAAAUCAGACGGGCAGCCACCUGCACACCCACACCCACAUCCACACCCACACACACAUCCACACACGAACCCGAGCUAAACACAUGGACAGCUGGCUGAGCCAGCCAUGCCGUGCCCUCUCUAGCGGUGCGUGGCUAGGUCUUCACACAGGCUAGUCACGAGCUGCUGGCUCAGGUGGUCGGUGUGUGCCGGGGAUAGAUUGAAGCCACCAAGGUGUGUGCAGACAGUGAGUGCAGUGGUGGUCACAUUGCAAACCGGCAGCCCAGCCCCAUUGUGUGUCCCCCCCUCCCCCCCUUCUCUCACCGUGUCGCCGAUGAGGCUUCUCAGGUUCGGCGCCACCACCUCCAGCUUGCUGGCGAGGUAAUCUGACGACACCAAUGACAUACAAAUGCGUGAGUGUCGUGAUGUCUGUCUGUCUGUAUGUCUGUCUGUCUGUCUGUCUGUGUGAGUGUGUCCGUCGCUCACCGACGAGUGUCUUCCUCUGGUGUGCCAGCUUGAUGACCUGGUCACAAAACUUGAGGAUGUUCUCCUGUCACACACACACACACACACACACGUGGCCGCGGUCUCUGUACGGAGCUCUUCUCUCCCUAAGUCCCAUCCGACGUGUACCAUGUCGACUUGUGUGAUCUCCUGCCCCAUGGAAAUCUUGGCCGCCGACAGGAUCUCGUUGGCCAUGUCCUCGUCGCCGUUCAACACCGCCGUCAGUUGCUGCACACACACACACGCACACACACACACACACACACACGCACAGAGAGAGAGAGAGAGGGGGGGGGGAAGGUGUAGAGUGCAUCUCUUGGUGUGUCACGACAUGUGUGUGUGUGUGACAUGAAUUCAUGUCUAUGUCUGUCUGUCAAUCUAUCAGGGCGGGCUCAGAGCUGAACCGAAUCAGCAGCGCUCGACUGAUCACACGACACGAGCCGACUACGGGGGAGCAGCCAGCCCGGCCGUCAGAAUUACCUUCUUGGCUCAGUUUCUCGUCACAGCCACACUCACAUGCCAGACCCCUCCCAUCCCUCCCUCUCCACCUCCCUGGCUGUCCCCCACCGAAGCCGAGCCAUUCGCUCACCUCGACGCAGUCAUCCCGCUCGAUGAAGGUCUCCUUGACCUGGAUCACCUUGGCCACCUCGGCGAACUUGAUGUUGUCUGUCACAAUCUUGGCCAGCUCUGAAUGAACCAACCAACCACACACGCACACACGAGACAGAGAGACAGAGAGUCUCUCUCUCUCUCUGUCUCUCUCUCUCUCUCCGUGUGUGUGUGUGUGUGUGUGUGUGUGUACCAGGGAAGUGCCAGGAGUACCACUCCCUAACGCGCAUGGCGAACAGGUUGACAUUCUUGUCGAGGUUGUCGAUGAGUGCGAUGCUCUGGAUGAUGGGCUUGUCCUGUCGGUUAGGGUCGAACUGGAGCUUGCUCCGGCUGUAGCUGUGACCUGCACCCACACACACACACCAGAAUCACACAGGAUGGAUGGAUGGACGGAUGGAUGGCGUGUGUUGUGUGAGUGGCUGUGUGUGUGUGUCUGGAUCUCUCACCCAGCCCGACACGCGCCCGCUCGAGAUCGAUCUCUUGCAGGCCCUUCGUCAGACUGAUCGAAGAAACACACGAGCCCACCGGCAGGAUGUCAGCAGAUAGGCAUUCAUUCAGACCUUACUGUGUCCAGUGCAGCCGCGUCGCCCUCGCCAGCUCAGCGACGUUCUUGUCCAUCGUGGCGGGGAAGCCAGCAUCGCCCAGCGCCUUACCCAGAUUUGGCUCUGUCAUCCACACACAACACACACACACACACAACACUCACACCACAUGACAUCGUGCCAACUGCGGACGGAUGGCUUGCCCACCUACCACACACGCCAAGGGCGAAUUUGCCCUUCUUCUUGGCAAGCGGCGGCAGGUUUGCCUCGAGGAAGGUCUUGAGGGUGUCGGUGACCUCCCCCGCAGCGAUGGCAUUCAUGUUGUCGAGCGCCUCCUCUGCGUGUCUGAAGGCGUGGAAGGCCUUGAGCUUGACGGCCUGGCUGUAGCUUGGCAGCUCGCGGAGGGCGGCCUGCACCUCGGGCGACGACUGGCCGACCUGCUCCCACUCCUUGACGUGCAGGAGGGCGUAGCCUGCCGCCGACUCGAACAGCAGAUACAGCUCCAUGGGGUAUGAUGAUUCUGGCGACCAAAGAUGACAGAUCUAGCCUAGCUGAGGCAGCGGCAUCCACUCAGCUGUGUGCCUCGUAGCUCAGGC